AUGCUGAACUGUGUGUGUGACACCCAUUGCCAUCUCGGCGUGAAAGCCACAGUACAAGAUGUUGAGAGAUUGGUUUCAUUCAUCUCAUCAGAAGAAAGUGAUCAGAGGCCCCAAUCUUUCAGCGUCAUGUCCACCAAUCAUCUGGAUCUAGCACUUCUCGAGCAUCUAAUUAAGCACGACCACACAAAGGCGAUUAUGCCGUACUUCGGUAUCCACCCAUGGUAUUCCCAUCUUUUUACACUUGAUCCUACUCUAAGUAAGGAACAACAUUAUACUGAAUGUCUUUCACCUGCUCCGGAUGACCAAUUGCUUUCUCUAUUGCCCCAUCCCAUCAUUUUGGAUGCGCAUAUGGCUCGUAUAAGACAUAUUGCGGAAGAAUGCCACAGAAACAAAAUCCGGUAUGGAAUUGGAGAAAUCGGACUAGACAAGUCUUUCCGCUUACCUUCUAAUGGUUUUUAUGGAAACCAGAAUGUAUCAGAAGACAUCAAACUAACUAAGUGCAAGGUAUCUAUUUCACACCAACUAAGAGUGUUGCAGACUCAGUUAGCCUUGGCUCAUGAGCUUCAAGUGUCGGUGUCGCUACAUUGUGUGAAAGCACAUGGCGCUUUGUUUGAUUUACUUAAACAGAACUACGAUGCUAUAUCUCUCGUUGUUCUACAUUCGUAUUCUGGUUCAUUAGAACAGGCACGUGUUUGGAUUCGGACGUUUGAAAAGCAAAGUCGAAAAAUUGCAUUUUCUUUCUCCAACAUCAUAAAUGCCGCAGACAACAAAGUGGACACACUUGAAGAGUUGGUGAAGUCUUUGAGUGAUGCUCAGACUUUAGCAGAGACUGAUUUGCCUUUAGAUGAAUAUCUCCUACCCGGAAGACUGCAGGAGUACUAUGAGCAUUUACGAAAAGUAUUGUCUACCAUAAGUAGAGCGAACGGACGGCUGGUCGAGGAGGAAUCUGAAGUGCUUGAGGAUACUACUCGAGUACUAAAUCUAAUACAGAACAUAGCUUAG